AUGGCGGUGUCCAUGGCAUCGCAGGCAGUCGCAAGGGGACUACGCGGGGCAAGUGUAAAACACUUGUUUCUGAGCAAAAGCAAGUCGCUACAGUCGAAUCCCAGGCGAUGGCUCAACCUACAGGAGUACCAGAGCAAGAAGCUGAUGCAGGACAGCGGCGUGACGGUACAGCGCUUCUUCGUGGCCGAAACUCCGUCCGCCGCCCUGGAAGCUGCCAGGAAACUGAACGCCAAGGAGAUUGUCCUGAAGGCUCAGAUUCUGGCAGGGGGUCGAGGGAAGGGCGUGUUCAACAGCGGCCUUAAGGGAGGAGUACACCUGACCAAGGAUCCCGCAGUGGUUGGAGAGCUUGCCAAUAAAAUGCUGGGAUUCAACCUGACCACCAAGCAGACCCCGAAGGAGGGGGUCAAAGUGAAAACGGUCAUGGUGGCGGAGGCCCUGGACAUUGCAAGGGAGACGUACUUUGCCAUCCUGAUGGACAGAUCCUGCAAUGGGCCAGUGAUGGUGGGCAGUCCCCAGGGUGGAGUCGACAUCGAGGAAGUGGCAGCGAAAACCCCGGAGCUCAUUUUUAAGGAAGUCAUAGAUAUUUUUGAAGGCGUGCGGGAUGAACAGGCACUGCGCAUGGCAGUCAAUCUGGGCUUCAAAGGACCUCUGGAAAGACAGGCGGCCGAUCAGAUUAAGAAGCUUUAUGAUCUGUUCCUGAAAGUAGACGCAACUCAGGUUGAAGUCAAUCCCCUUGGAGAAACUCCUGAAGGAAGAGUCGUGUGCUUUGAUGCCAAAAUAAACUUUGACGACAACGCGGAGUUCCGGCAGAAGGACGUGUUCGCCAUGGAAGACAUGACGGAGAGCGACCCCACCGAAAUGGAGGCGGCCAAAUACGACCUCAAGUACAUUGGCCUUGACGGCAACAUUGCAUGCUUCGUGAACGGUGCCGGUCUCGCCAUGGCAACCUGCGACAUCAUCGACCUCCACGGGGGCAAACCAGCCAACUUCCUCGAUCUUGGAGGAGGCGUGAAGGAGAACCAGGUGUACCAAGCGUUCAAGCUUCUCUCUGCUGACCCAAAGGUCGAGGCCAUCCUGGUAAAUAUCUUCGGGGGGAUCGUGAACUGCGCCAUCGUCGCCAAAGGCAUCACCAAGGCCUGCCGGGAACUGGAGCUGAAGGUGCCGCUGGUGGUGAGGCUGGAAGGGACCAACGUGCAGGAGGCCAAGCGCAUCCUGAGCGAGAGCGGCCUGCCCAUCAUGGCCGCCAACGACUUGGACGACGCAGCCAGGAAGGCCGUGGCCAGCAUCGCCAAGAAGUGACCGCUCCAACAGCCCACCCCCCCCCACGAAGAAGGCCGCGUCCGGCCACGGCCAGCGCCCCUCCUACCUCCGCACCCUCCCCGCCCCUCGAGGAGAAAGCCCGCUUUCAUUUCAGCCCGGCUGUUUAUCGGACUUUCGCUCGUCGCAUUUUUCCUCGUCUUCUUCGCCUCUUUCCGUUGCUCAGUUUAUUCUGCGAAAGAAGCGUAUUUAUGUUCAGGUUAUCGUUGUGCUAAUGUGGUUCGCAUUUCAGUACCGCAAGCAUUCCAGCUCUGGGUCCUGUUUUUCUUCUUCUUCUUCUUCCUCAGUGUGUAAAAGCAAAAGCUAGGACGUCCAUCGUCACAGCUGUAUGUUUGUGAGUAAAACCAUUAUGAGAUCAAACGUUACCGUCCACUUGUAUGACAGUUUCAUCACAGUGACACAUGUAUUGAUGAUCUGUUGAACAGUGAACAGUCAUCACUCUGGAGUCUCUUCCAAACCGGACAUUGCAGGUCCAAUAAGGUCAAUAACACCACAGACUUCACUGUGAUAUAACUGUAAAAAGAAAGAAAAAAAUUAAUAAUGCAGGAUCCUUCUACGUGAUGCAUAGAAAACGUAACGAGGUCUAAAACCAUAUAAGAAAGCAAAUGCUAAUUAAAACGGCAACUUCACACAUUUCCCCGUAAAAGACGUUACUUUGCAAUAAGAUCAAAGGUGUGUUUUAGCCUCAGGUGAAAAA